AUGGCCCACGACGAACCUGUAGCUCACACGAGCAAGCUCACGCGGAGCCGUGUCUUUGCUCUCUUGGCCGUAUGCGCUAUGUCUGUCGGAUCGCACUUGGAAGCCUACAUCGCUCGAUCGACGAACGAGCUGACACUCGGCCCUCUCAAAUCCCGUCUACACCGCGAGCUCAACACCUCCAAUGCUCAGUUCUCCCUCCUCAUCGCGGCGUACAACCUCAACUCGACGUGGACACCCCUCGUUGCCGGAUUCCUGGUCGCUCGAUUCGGCACCGGCUGGGCUUCGGUCGGAGCUACUGGCUGUAUCCUGCUCGGCCAGCUCAUCCUCUUCGUCGGCGUCACUACGGGUCAUAUCGUGAUCAUGACCCUCGGCCUAUUCAUCUUUGGACUUGGCGUGACCCCACUGGCGGUCGUACAGGAAACUCUAGUUGCCCACCUUUCGCCCUCGAAACACCUCGGUAUCAGCCUCGCACUAGGUCUCGUCUCUGGCAAGAUGGCCAGCUUUGUUUCCUCACUCGUCUCGCUGCCACUGGCGGAAGGAUAUGGGGACCAGGCGCCGUUCGGAUUAUCGGUCCUGCUGUGCUUGAUGAGCUUCUCAGCGAAUGGCUCGAGAUUGGCGUUCGGAUGGGGCAGGGAAGAGGGCAGUGGUGACCAUGUGGGGAAGAGGAGGUUCAGCUGGGGAGGCGUAUCUCGCCUGGGAGACGUCUUUUGGCUGUAUAUCCUAUUGAACGUGUUUUCUGGCAUGAUCUGGGCACCAUUCCUGCACCUGUCGGCCAACAUAGUCAAGGAGAGGUACGGAUUGACCGACGGGUUUGCAGCGGUACAGGCUGCCAUUCUGCUUUCUGGCGCUCUAGUGCUUUACCCAGUGACCGGUCUCAUUACGGAUCGCCUAUCCCCUCAUACUCCCACGACCACCUUCAAACUUCUCCUCCUCUCGUCCGUGCUCACCCUCUUCGGCUACUCCUACCUCUCCUUGCCGCCCACCCUCUUUGGCACGCCUAUGCCAGGCAUGAUCCUCUUUGCACUCGGACACGGCAUGUCGACGCUCCUCAUGGUCAUCCUUAUCCCUCGCUUCCUACCGCCAGAGCUGGUCCCCCUCGGUCUCGGUCUGCACAAAAGCAUGGAGAUGGCCAGUUCUGCCGUGAGUCAGACCCUCGCUGGCAUCUGGCUCGACGCGGCGCGCCAAGAGCCGGAGCAGGGAGGAGCGGCAAAGGGGGUCGAGGGGCUCCUGGGGAUGUUUUGGCUGAUCAAUAUCUUCCAGCUGGGCUGUGCGAUCUGCCUAUGGGCUUUGGAGAGGCGGAGACGACAGGAGAACCGCGCCAUCAUCAGUGCGGUGGAAGCGGAGCAGUACGAGCCAUUACCGAUGAACGACCUUCCCGGCCUAGACACCGAUUCCGAGUCGGACCCCGGGGACGACGGCGUACCCAUCCGGAAGUUGACGCCGGGCAGGGAGAAGGAGAUGCCGGAGAAGGGACCAAGCAGUGCGCUGGCGCAGACGGAUCGGGAGAGGAGCAGGGGAAAGGUGUAUCUUGGGGUUUCAUUGGCGUGGAUUGGGCUGGUCUGGCUUGUGUUCCUCGUAGACGCCUACAUAGAUCUACUGUAG